AUGGCCGGAAACUCUUCCUCGAACAUGACCGCUGGCAAGGCCAACACUGGUCUCACUUUCAACUUCUUCAAUAUGACUCGUCGGGAGCUUGCGGAGUUGUUCAGUGGCAAUACGGUCACACUGGUUGUCGACACCAGCGGAACACAGCGCUGUCUCACAGUACACGCCAAGAUGCUCGAGGCCCUCACCGUGAAGACCCACGUUGUCACUGACAACAAGCUCGUCUUCAGGGAUGUCGCCUCAGCUGCUGUUAAGGUGUUGGUUGACUGGAUGGUCACUAUCUGCAAGACUGGAAACAUCUUCAAAGUUCCUGUGCAGAACACGUUCGGAAAGAACGUGAUGCUGAUGAAGGCUGCCCUGGAGCUCGGCAUCGCCGAUGCCGAAAACACCAUCUGGCAACACCUCAAGUCGGACGUCUGUCGCCUCGAAUUCGAGGCUGAACAUCUUGCGGUCAUGAACACCGCCUUCGACAGGAACUCACGUAUCGUCAACCAUGUCGCUGCUAACCUUGAGUGGAUGCAGCACACUUACGGCCUUGCGGAUAGCGCUAAUGCCUACCUCCUGUCCCACCCGGGCUUCGCCGCCCUAGUCAACGAGAAGCGCUAUGAGCGUAUACAAAAGCAAAAGGCGAAGCGCGCUGCGGCUAAGGCUGUGAAUACACAGGUUCCAACUGCUCGCUAUGGAUACCGUUGA